AUGAUCGCUUCCGAAAGUGAUCAGGAGUUGGCAGAACUAGGUUGCGUUCAACGGUAUCUCGAGCUGUACGAAGUGCCGAAGAAAGUUCUCAUCCACGCCCCGCCCCUGCAAGUACCACGAAUCGUGGCGACUUUGCUUGUGACGCUCGUCGUGGUGGUGUGGCUGAUUACCGGGCUACGUUUCUACGAGCUGAAUGAUAUUUCGAUCUCGAAUUCCUUCCUUCAGCUCGCUCCUCCAUUUGGUAUGUUGGCUUGCGAUGGCUUUGAUUUCAACUGCGACGACAUACCGAGCAAGAGCAACAAUAUUCCUAGUUAUUGCAUGGAAGCUGCGCUGAAUCGCACGCAGACGGUCUUGCAUCACGAUUUUUUCUCACGGACGAAUGGGUACAACAAGGAUCGCUGGCCGUUCGGACGACCGGAUGUCACAGCAGUGUGCAAGCGUUUCGAUGCCAACGACGUGCUGGAGGAAGAAGGACAUCCUCUGAUCAUGACUGCGAGGACGGUGGUGCCGCAGAGUAGGUGCAACGGCAUCGCUGGUUUGGACUGCAUCUGGCGAAAUGUGGGUUUCUCGGUGGAGUUCGUGGAAGAUGUGGAGACCUUCUGGCUUGUUCUCCGUCACGAGGUCAUGGCUGAGGGCGUCCACCUUAGAAAUCCGACCAGCGCUGGAUAUGUCGUGGUCAAUGGACAGACGUUCCGAUUGCAUUGCACUCACAGUGCCUGCAAAGAAGCGGGCAUUCAUCAGAAUUCCGGGGAUGUUCCGUCCUGCAAGAGUCUUGCGGGUGGCAAAGCCUGCUUCAGUUCGACUUAUGCCGACUACCUGUCUUUGGACCUCGUUCUGCAGGCCGCCAACGUAACCCUGGACUCCCUGCUUCGAAUGCCGGGAGACUCACACCGGCAGUCAGAGCCACAGAUCUCUCGUCGCUACCUCGGGGCCUCCAUCGCCAUCGACAUCCGCUACACAAACACAGAUCCGCUUUCUCUCUGGCAGUGGCCCAACCCCGGCUUGAAAGGCAGCUACAUCUAUACCUUUCGGGCUAUGGGCGACUACGCCCACGAG